GCCACGCGAGCGCCCGAAGGACCGGCUGGCUCCGCGCGCCGGCUCUCGCCCUUCCGAGACCUGGAUGUGGGCAGCGGCGGCCGCAGAGACCUCGGGACUCCCGCGCAAUGUGGCAAUGGAAGGCGCAGGGUCUGACUCCCCGGCAGCGGCCGCGGCCGCAGCGGCAGCAGCGCCCGCCGUGUGAGCAGCACCAGCGGCAGCAGCAGUAUCAGGUCUGUCAACCGGAGCCCCAACCCGAACAGCCGGCGGCCAGAGGCGUCCUCCCGAGCCCAGCGCCGGGGCGCGCCGGGAGUCCGCAGCGGCGGCAGCAGCGCGCCGGACGGCCCGGGAAGCCUCGGUUCCCGCGGCGGCGGCGGCGGCAACAUGGCCUCAGCUGGUAACGCCGCGGAGCCCCAGGAUCACGGCGGCGGCGGCAGCUACAGCGGGGCCCCGGGCCGGCCGGCCGGAGGCGGGAGGCGCAGACGAACCGGGGGUCUGCGCCGCCACGCCGCGCCGGACCGGGACUAUCUGCACCGGCCCAGCUACUGCGACGCCGCCUUCGCUCUGGAGCAGAUUUCCAAGGGGAAAGCUACUGGCCGGAAAGCGCCGCUGUGGCUGCGAGCGAAGUUUCAGAGACUCUUAUUUAAACUGGGUUGUUACAUUCAAAAAAACUGCGGCAAGUUCUUGGUCGUGGGCCUCCUCAUAUUUGGGGCCUUCGCUGUGGGAUUAAAGGCAGCUAAUCUGGAGACCAACGUGGAGGAGCUCUGGGUGGAAGUUGGUGGACGAGUAAGUCGUGAAUUAAAUUAUACUCGCCAGAAGAUUGGAGAAGAGGCUAUGUUUAAUCCUCAACUCAUGAUCCAGACCCCAAAAGAAGAAGGUGCUAACGUCCUGACCACAGAAGCGCUCCUCCAACACCUGGACUCAGCACUCCAGGCCAGCCGGGUCCACGUGUAUAUGUAUAACAGGCAUUGGAAAUUGGAAGAUUUGUGUUACAAAUCCGGAGAACUUAUCACAGAAACAGGUUACGUGGAUCAGAUAAUAGAAUAUCUUUACCCUUGUUUAAUUAUCACGCCUUUGGACUGCUUCUGGGAAGGGGCCAAGUUGCAGUCUGGGACAGCAUACCUACUAGGUAAGCCUCCUUUGCAGUGGACAAACUUUGACCCUUUGGAAUUCCUAGAAGAGUUAAAGAAAAUAAACUACCGGAUGGACAGCUGGGAGAAAAUGCUGAACAAGGCGGAAGUUGGCCAUGGCUACAUGGACCGGCCCUGCCUCAACCCAGCGGAUCCAGACUGCCCCGCCACCGCCCCCAACAAAAAUGCCACCAAACCUCUUGAUAUGGCCCUUGUUCUGAGUGGCGGAUGUCAUGGGUUGUCCAGGAAGUACAUGCACUGGCAGGAGGAGCUGAUUGUGGGUGGCACGGUCAAGAACAGCACUGGGAAGCUCAUCAGUGCGCACGCCUUGCAGACCAUGUUUCAGUUAAUGACUCCCAAGCAGAUGUACGAACACUUCAAGGGGUACGACUAUGUCUCACACAUCAACUGGAAUGAGGACAAGGCCGCGGCCAUCCUGGAGGCGUGGCAGAGGACCUACGUGGAGGUGGUUCAUCAAAGCGUCGCCCAGAACUCCUCUCAGAAGGUGCUUUCCUUCACCACCACGACCCUGGACGACAUCCUCAAGUCCUUCUCGGACGUCAGCGUCAUCCGAGUGGCCAGCGGCUACUUGCUGAUGCUUGCCUAUGCCUGUUUAACCAUGCUGCGCUGGGACUGCUCCAAGUCCCAGGGUGCCGUGGGGCUGGCUGGCGUCCUGUUGGUCGCACUGUCAGUGGCUGCAGGAUUGGGCCUGUGCUCACUGAUCGGGAUUUCCUUUAAUGCUGCAACAACUCAGGUCUUGCCGUUUCUCGCUCUUGGCGUUGGUGUGGAUGAUGUGUUCCUGCUGGCCCACGCAUUCAGCGAAACGGGGCAGAACAAAAGAAUCCCUUUUGAGGACAGGACCGGGGAGUGCCUCAAGCGCACGGGAGCCAGCGUGGCCCUCACGUCCAUCAGCAACGUCACCGCCUUCUUCAUGGCUGCGUUGAUCCCAAUCCCUGCCCUGAGGGCCUUCUCCCUGCAGGCGGCUGUGGUGGUGGUCUUCAACUUCGCGAUGGUGCUGCUCAUCUUCCCUGCGAUCCUCAGCAUGGACCUGUACCGGCGCGAGGACCGCAGGCUGGACAUUUUCUGCUGUUUCACAAGCCCCUGUGUCAGCAGAGUGAUCCAGGUCGAGCCUCAGGCCUACACGGAGACGCACGACGGCCCCCGCGCCAGCCCCCCGCCUCCCUACAGCAGCCACAGCUUCGCCCACGAGACACAGAUCACCAUGCAGUCCACGGUGCAGCUCCGCACGGAGUACGACCCCCACACGCACGUGUACUACACGACGGCCGAGCCGCUCUCCGAGAUCUCCGUGCAGCCCGUCACCCUGACGCAGGACACGCUCGGCGGCCAGAGCCCCGAGAGCACCAGCUCCACGCGGGACCUGCUCUCCCAGUUCUCCGACUCCAGCCUCCACUGCCUCGAGCCGCCUUGUACCAAGUGGACGCUCUCAUCGUUUGCCGAGAAACACUAUGCUCCUUUCCUCUUGAAGCCCAAAGCCAAGGUGGUGGUGAUCUUCCUUUUCCUGGGCCUGCUGGGGCUCAGCCUGUACGGGACCACGCGCGUGCGCGACGGCCUGGACCUGACAGACAUCGUGCCCCGGGAAACCAGAGAGUACGACUUCAUUGCUGCACAGUUCAAGUACUUCUCCUUCUACAACAUGUACAUCGUCACCCAGAAAGCAGACUACCCGAACAUCCAGCACUUGCUGUACGACCUUCACAGGAGCUUCAGCACGGUGAAGUACGUCAUGCUGGAAGAAAACAGGCAGCUUCCCAAGAUGUGGCUGCACUACUUCCGGGACUGGCUGCAAGGACUUCAGGACGCGUUCGACAGUGAUUGGGAGACGGGGAAAAUCAUGCCAAACAAUUACAAAAACGGAUCCGAUGAUGGGGUCCUCGCCUACAAACUCCUGGUGCAGACGGGCAGCCGUGAUAAGCCCAUCGACAUCAGUCAGUUGACCAAACGGCGCCUGGUGGAUGCGGACGGCAUCAUCAAUCCCAGCGCUUUCUACAUCUACCUGACCGCUUGGGUCAGCAACGACCCCGUGGCUUACGCCGCCUCCCAGGCCAACAUCCGGCCGCACCGUCCCGAGUGGGUCCACGACAAGGCCGACUACAUGCCGGAGACCAGGCUGCGAAUCCCAGCCGCAGAGCCCAUCGAAUACGCCCAGUUUCCUUUCUACCUCAACGGCUUGCAUGACACCUCAGACUUCGUGGAAGCGAUUGAAAAAGUCAGGACCAUCUGCAACAACUACACGAGCCUGGGGCUCUCCAGCUACCCCAACGGCUACCCCUUCCUCUUCUGGGAGCAGUACAUCGGCCUGCGCCACUGGCUCCUGCUGUCCAUCAGCGUGGUGCUGGCCUGCACGUUCCUCGUGUGCGCCGUCUUCCUCCUGAACCCCUGGACCGCGGGGAUCAUUGUGACGGUCCUGGCGCUGAUGACGGUCGAGCUCUUUGGCAUGAUGGGCCUCAUCGGAAUCAAGCUGAGCGCCGUGCCCGUGGUUAUCCUGAUCGCGUCUGUCGGCAUCGGCGUGGAAUUCACCGUUCACGUUGCUCUGGCCUUCCUCACGGCCAUCGGCGACAAGAACCGCAGGGCCGUGCUCGCCCUGGAGCACAUGUUCGCGCCCGUCCUCGACGGGGCCGUGUCCACGCUGCUGGGGGUGCUGAUGCUGGCGGGGUCGGAGUUUGAUUUCAUCGUCAGGUAUUUCUUUGCCGUCCUGGCGAUCCUGACGAUCCUGGGGGUCCUGAACGGGCUGGUGCUGCUUCCAGUCCUGCUGUCCUUCUUUGGGCCGCACCCUGAGGUGUCUCCAGCCAACGGGCUGAGCCGGCUGCCCACGCCCUCCCCCGAGCCACCCCCCAGCGUGGUCCGCUUCGCCGUGCCCCCCGGUCACGCGAACAACGGGUCUGACUCCUCUGACUCGGAGUACAGUUCUCAGACGACGGUGUCGGGCAUCAGCGAGGAGCUCCGGCAGUACGAGGCCCAGCAGGGCAGCAGGGGCCCUGCCCGCCAGGUGAUCGUGGAGGCCACGGAGAACCCCGUCUUCGCCCGCUCCUCCGUGGUCCACCCGGAAGCCAGGCAUCACCCACCCUCCAGUUCUCGACUGCCACCCCACCUGGACUCAGGGUCCCUGCCACCCGGACGGCCAGGCCCGCAGCCCCAGCGGGAGCCUCCCAGAGAAGGCUUGCGGCCGCCCCCCUACAGACCGCGCAGAGACGCUUUCGAAAUUUCUACUGACGGGCAUUCUGGCCCGAGCAAUAGGGACCGCGUGGGCCCCCGGGGAGCCCGCGCGCACACCCCUCGGCACCCAGUGUUCACUGCCACGGGCGGCUCCGUGCCCAGCUACUGCCAGCCCAUCACCACCGUGACGGCCUCGGCGUCCGUGACUGUCGCUGUGCACCCCCCGCCCGCCCCCGGGCGGCACCCCCGAGGGGGGCUGUACCCCGGCUACGAGGACUACCCCCAGCCGGACCCCGGGCUGUUCGAGGACCCCCAUGUGCCUUUCAACGUCCGGUGCGAGAGGAGGGGUUCCAAGGUGGAGGUCAUAGAGCUGCAGGACAUGGAGUGCGAGGAGCGGCCCCGGGGCAGCAGCUCCAGCUGAGGGUGAGUAAAAUCUGAAGCAAAGAGGCCAAAGAUCGGAACGCCCAGCCCCCGCACCCGCGAGGAGAGCGCUGCUCGGAGUCGGGAAGACGCCCUGCACCGGGGUUGCAGUUCGCUGUAACCGGCUGUAUUAUUUUGUGAAAUAUUUCUUUAAAUAUUUAAGAGGUGUACACAUCUGUAAAUACGAAGGAAUGAUGUAAAGUCGUGUGGUCUGGCGCUUCCCACUCCGGCCCAGGGUGGGCGGUGGGGCGGCUGCAGCAAGGCCCGCCCUGUUUGUACAUUGGUCUCGGUGCCCCAACCAAGCUUAACUUAGUCUUAAAUUCCAGCAUCUCUUGCUGCUGCUUAAAUAUUGUAUAAUUUACCUGUAUAAUUCUAUGCAAAUAUUGCUUAUAUAAUAGGAUUAUUUUGUAAAGGUUUCUGUUUAAAAUAUUUUAAAUUUGCAUAUCACAACCCUGUGGUAGUAUGAAAUGUUACUGUUAACUUUCGAACACGCUAUGCGUGAUAAUUUUGUUAUUGUUUAAUGAGCAGAUAUGAAGAAAGCACGUUAACCCCGGUGGCUUCUAGGUGUAGUUGGGUGCGGCACUCCUGUUGGCUGCAUGUGAACGUGUGUGUGAUUUCCCCGUGUGCUGUACUGUGAUCGUUUGUUCUUGUUUUUCUCUCACUGUCUGUCACCUUAGCGGGCUCUGCCCUGGUCAGGCUGGGAGAGCAUUGCCUAGUGCGUGGGGGCUGGCCCUGCCCAAAACAUCGCCUUAUGCUGUUGUCAGACUCACUUCAAGUCCAAGGCAUCUCUUCAGAUCCUUGCUGCCAUCCAGGCACCCAGCUCGUGCCUCAGGGGAGAGGAGUUCCUUCACACGGAUCUGUCGUGGACGUUGGGACCUCAGGGUCUAGAGCUCACGUCUGUUCAUCGUCAUUAUUGUUCAACAGCUAGAGAGCAUGCCUCGUGCUGAGCCUCAGCUGGGCAUGAGCAUGUUGUGCAGCCUUCAUUGUGUCUCUCAUGACCAAUGCACACAUAAAAAAAACCCUUAAGAGUGGAUUAAAAAUGUAUUGGAGGUAAUGACCCUGCUACAAGGUAGAAAGACCUGUCCAUUCUGGGCCCACCAUAAACCUAGAGGUGAUGUUUUGAGUCCCUACCAUUUAAGUUCUCUUUCUCCCUAAAUUGCACGGUUGGUUGGGGCUUUCUGGGUCUGUUUGCAUCUUUAAAAAUAAACAGUGAGCAUUCAGUAAGGCGAUACGGGGGUCAGAAGUUUGGUAGGAUUUAGAAGGAUCCUUCUCAAUGUGUUUAUGUUAACGUGAUGGUGCACACUUCCUAACUAAGUUAUUUUCUUCUUCUCACCAUGAUUAGUGUUCUUUCAAUGUGACAUUUAUUGACAAGCAGGAGAUGCUCGGUGCACACACUCCACUGAGGAUGGAAUGGAGGCAGACUUCCCAGCCAGGCAUUAUUUGUAAAGAUUGGCUUCUGUAUCCAUUCUCUUGUGCGGAGGCUUGGUCUUCCUCAGCUCUUAGCCAGAGACCAGCAUGUCGGGGAAGCAGUUGGCAUCCCGACGAAGCUACUAUAGGCGGGCACAGCUGGCGGCUCCCUCCCGUUGUGCCCUCCUGUUUUACAUGGAAAAUCUUCCUCGAAAGGCAGCGGCCCCCUGCAGCACCCAGCAGCGCAGUGACCUCAGACCCUACACGCAUAACUGUCAGAUGCUAAUUGGAAGCCACCUGUGGGCCCCAGUUGUGUGUUAAUAUGCCAGGGGCCCACUGGCCCCCCUGCUACUGUUUGGUGCCUCCCUUAGCCACACUGUCUACCUAACACCCAGCUCUGCUCGGAAAAUGUCCAUGUCCUGCGUGCAGGAGAGAGAUGAUGCAAAUUCUGAGGUCUGCUUCCCUCUGGCUCGCGGCGUGCCCUUGCUCCUUUCCUGAGCCCAACUCGUGUGGUGCCUGACAGCUUGUCCAGCCCCUGCUUUCUGCUCAGCGUGGAACUUUCUCCGAUAGUCACAUUGGCAAAGGGAGAACUCGGGGCUGGCAGGCAACUAGAAUUUCUCUCCCUUUUUAAAAUAGUUUUAUUUUGUCUGUCUUGUUUGUUCAUUUGGAUGUUUUAAUUUUUUAAAAGAAAUCUUUGCUGAUAUUUAUAAUUUUGUAUCAUAAGAAUGUUUUCCUACAGUAUUUGUCAUGCCAGUUUAUAACAAAAUGCAGGGAUUUUUAUUUCUAUUGGAAACACUAUUACAGCUAUGUUUUACUUUGGAACAGAAUUUUUAUUUGUAUAGAGUGCUUACUAAUGUUAAAUAGUUCAGAGUAUAUAACAUUCUCAUUAAGGUCUCAUAGUCGGUUUUAGUGUAAGGAGUUUAAAGGAAAUAAAUAUUCAAACUGGGUCUCAUUGCCUGCCAAUUUUGGUGGAAAUGGGUUUGUGUCAUUUCAAUUACAAAGAUAAAAGUAUGCCAUAUAAUUUAUUUAUAUGAAAAUUUAUUUUUGUAGUGUACAUAGUAGUCAUCAAGUCUUUGACAGAAGUAUAUUUUUAAAGAAUUUAUAUGUGAUGAAUCCAUAAUGUCCGAAACUUCGCUGAGACAUGCGUGGGGCACACUUUCCAUUGUAAAGUACAGCAAGAAAGAAAGCGUUUAACAGUGUUAAGAGAGGGAGAUCGGGUGAAUAUUCAUGCAAUUGUGAACUGUGUACUAGUUACCAUUUGUGACCUAGUGUGGUUCUCAUUUUAAACCUUGGAAGGCAAAAAUGUACAAACUCUCUAAAUGUUAAUGUUCAAACACUGAUAGAAAUUCUAACAUGAAUAAAAAAUAAUAUAACUUGUUGGUA